AUGUAAUAAAUUUGGAAAUAAGCUUAUCAUAAGGCCCUUCUCCUCAACACAUUUUCCAAUUCAAGAAGAUUUGCUCCAGUAGUCAUGAGACAAUCUCAGACUUUGAUGAAUGCCUAAUCAAGAAGCUUCGCAGAUACUCUCUAAGUAAACUAGCAAGAACAGCAGGCUAUCGAUUUGAAUGACAAAAACAAGAGACUUGGAGUAGACAUGAGUUUCGAUGAGAAGAAGCAUGCUUAUGUUCUGUCCUUCCCCUGGAAUUUCCAAGAGAUUAUAAGCGACUUCGAAAGUCACAAGGCUCUCACGCCCUCAAGCUACUGGUAUAAAUUCAUUCAAGCAAAUGCAAUCAAUGAGUUCAAUGCUUUAUUCAGAGAAUUCCAUUAGGUUUGUGCUGUCCCUAAUUAUCUCAAUAUGGAUAAAAUAUGUGAGGGAAAUAUGGCUCACUAUCUUAAAGAGAGCGUUAAGAGAAUUCAUUUCCACGGUCUAGACAUUGAGAUGGCAAACCUAACCGUUGAACAACCCAGGAUAAGAACUUUAAAAGUCGAGGUUCACCAUGGAGUCAAUGUCUAGAGAUCAAAGAAUCUCCCAGCAAGUCAAUAUAAUAUAUCGAAGUCAUCAUUAUUAGGAGCACCUCAAACUGUUUACAUUCCUAAGAAUGACACAAGAAGCUUCCUUGACCAUUUAGAUAAUGACUACAAACCUUAUCUAAUUGCUGCUACUGUACUGAUAGAAUCACCAAUGAAACUGUUCGUUCAGAACCAAAACUUCUCUUCAGUGUUGUUUGGGUCAACAGACGAUGAAUUAGUCAAGAAUGUUGUUAGAUUCGAAACUAACCUCAGAUGGAAUGAUCUCUUCAAAAUACUCUCAGUCCCCAAUAAAGCCUCCUUCGACUGGAAAAUCACCGACUUCAAUAACGUGCUAAACGAGAACCCCUUGGUCCAAAAGUUCUGA